AUGGUCCAAAGACUCGGCUCUAAAAAGAUUCUUUCUUGCAAGUGGUGGGACGCAUUCUCACAACCACAACAACAGAAUACUCACACCGCUACUAUUAUGGCAAUGAUGAGAAACACGUGCUCUCAGUUGCGUUAUUGUGCACGUACUUAUAAGAAUCAAAGAAAUCUUGCUGUACAUAAAACAAAUGUUACAAUGUAUCCGAAUAUUCAAGAAACGUUUUGGGGUGAUCAUUAUGAUGCAUCAACGUUGAAAUUUCAUCAUUGUACAGGAGGAGGAGGAGGAGGAGGACGAAGAAGGAAUUAUCACUCUUCCAUGUUACACUCAUCAUCUUCAACUUCUUCAUCAUCACUCCGAGAAUUAGCCAAACAAUUCCGACAAGCCAAGAACAUGAAGGAGAUGCACACGUGUAUUUCCUCUCUUGAACAAUUUGCUUUGCAACAUCCUAACCAAUCAAAAUCUUCUCAGAUUGCUUUAUAUUCGAUCGCUUUAGAUAUGGCCAUGAAAGAAGACAAAAUUGAUGACGUUCGGAAAAUUAUGGAAGUCGCCAAACCAUACUUUUAUUUAAUGGACAUUCAAACCUUAAAGUCUCUCACUCUCUACUUUGGGAGAUACUACAAGAAUCAUCCCGAGCAAUUACGUCACAUACAAGCUCAUGCCAUGAUGCACAAACCAAAGAAAGCUUCACCUACCUCCGUCUUGUGUAGCGAGAAUUCUCCAAUUGAGUUUAUGAGAGUGGUCGCCAUGACACGAAAAAACAAUAUUGAAUGUCUAUCUAAAAUCGCUCCUCUUGCCAUAGCUUCUGCUCUUAUGAAUGAUGAAUUUAAAUUUGCUCAUAUUAUUUUGGAUUGUUUUGUGGAUGCCACACUUAUUCAUGAUCAACAUUUGAGAGAGAAGCACGAGGAGUAUGUAUUUGUUGGAGAGUCACAAAGCACAUUUUCUGGAUUGAACGAAUUAGUAUUUCAUGAUGCAACGAAAGCGAGCUUUCUUGAGUUUACAGAAUCAGUAUUGAGAAUUAUUAUCAAAAAAUUACGACAAAAUAUGCUCAAACUCUCUGCAUAUACUUGUAAAACAGAGACAGGACACAUGACAUUCAAUGAUCAAAUUUAUAAGGACACAUGCAAUAGUAUUAUAGACACACUUUCACUCGCAGUGCAGACCAUUUCGAAAACUACAACGAAUAUUCUACCAUAUAACUUUGAAGGAGGUAUAUUUGAUGAGAAUAACGUGGUCGAGCUAAAUGAUGAACUUUGUACGAAAAUUUCGUACGCCAUUGAAGCGAAUCGAACAUUUAUGGACGCAUCACCAAGCAAAAAAUUGACAAAGAAAUUUCGAGAUCAAGUGACGAACAUGACGAGUAACGCCUUAGAUGAAUACCUUAAAGGGAAACGUAAAGCUUUCAAAGAGAGCAUGGGAGUGAAGGAGGAUCCCUAUAUUCAAUUCAGAAUGGAAUACAAGGUGAAGGUGGAUAAAGACGGAGUCUUGAAUUCUGAUAUUUCUAAUGCAUAUGUGAAUCCUAACCCCAUUCAAGCUGGAAACACAAUCAUUUAUAAUCACUUUGAAAUCGUGGAUGAUUCUCGUGCAAAGGUUGUAGUGACGGGCCGUAGCUAUACGAGACCAGAGCAGGGAAGAGGAAACGAGCCAUCUCUUGGUACCGAACCACAGGAACAACCAACACUGGAGCAAGCUUUUGUUCCUCUUCUCUCCAUGGCUGAUGAAGAAUCUUUGGCACACGAUCAUGACGUUGAUGGAAUUAAGGAUGACGACUUUUGGUAA